AUGUCUCUGGCCGACUACCUAGCGAAAAACUACCUGACAGCAGACACAUUAUCGUCGGAGCGGCCGAAGAAGAAGCGCAAGAAGAAUAAGCAUGCCGCGGCCGAGGCUGCCAACGCCGGCGGCCUGAUAAUCGCAGAUGACGACCCUCCUUUACUCUCUAGCUCGACCAAGACCUCACGAUCCAGACAGCCAGGCAGAUACGAUUCGGACGAGGACGAUGAGAUACCAUACGCAGCGCAGGGCGGAACAAGCAGCGAGUUCCGAAAAUCCAAGUCUUCGCAAUGGCGGAGCGUGACAGGACCACAGCCCCCUACAAACGACGAGCAGGUCGCGGCAGACGCGAUUCUGGCCUCUGCAGCCGCCGAGCGAACGGCUCAGAUGGAAGACGAUGACGAUAGGCCCGUAGUGGCCGAGGAAGAUGACUCGAUGCCACGAAUGGAGUCGGGCAUGAGAGCUGGAUUGCAGACCGCGGCCGAUACUGCGGCCAUGAAGCAGAAGAAGAAGCUCGUCGUCCAGCGCUGGAGGAAGCAAAGUUUAUUCCCGUGCGCGAACCGGCGGACCGAUGAGGAUCUGAAUGCCGAGCUCAAGGGCAGACAGAGGUGGAACGAUCCUGCAGCGGCUUUCUUAUCCGAGUCGAAAAGUGCCGGUGCUGGUGUCGGCGGUGCUGCUGCCGGGGGAGGGAAAAAGGUAUAUAGAGGUGCAACUCCGCCGAACCGAUAUGGGAUCCGGCCGGGCUUCAGAUGGGAUGGAGUGGACAGGAGUAAUGGGUUUGAGCAUAAAUGGUUUGAGGCACGGAACCGACGAGGCAGGAUGGAAACUCUGGAAUACGCAUGGCAGAUGGAUGAAUAA